AUGUCGCGACAAUUGGCGCUUGAAAAAGAGCUUCAACAAGUUAAAAGCCUAAAUAAAACAGUUGAUACACUCCUUGAAACAAUUUCCAAUGCUCAAACGAAUAUAGCAGAUACCAAAAGUGCCACUGAUAGUGCAGGUGCUCUACUAGAAGAUUGGAUCAAGAUUUUGAACCAGACGGCAUUUGUCAAGAAUGCCUUGCAAGAUUCUCGCUGGAAGGGACAGCAUGAAGAUCAGGUAGAAGGCGUCGAUGAGACUGCUGCACAGACAGCUGACCUUGAAGCUGAACUUAAGGCACUAGAAGAUCAAAACAAGAAACUACAGAGUCAAAUCGACUCUUACAAGAGACCGGACUCACUGGACCGCUCGUCGAAGCGACCAAAAUACUAA